CUGCAGCUAGAUCGUUCCAUGUUCCUUGUCUCUUCAGGGGAUAUCGUCUUGGAAGCCUUGUAAACCACACACACAACAUAUACUAUAGAUUCGAUUACCGGUGUUUCCAAGACGCGAUAUGUACCUCAGACACGUUUCAUACCACAUCCUGUUCCCGCGGACAACAGAUGACAAUGGGAUGUUACUCUUCUUUUUCUGACAAAAUUCGACUAGUUGGAGGAACAAAAGCGUCUGAGGGUCGUAUUGAGUUGAAACAUAAUGGAAUAUGGGGAAGUAUUUGCUCAAGAAACUUCUCUGUCUCUGAAGGAAAAGUAAUAUGUCGCAGCCUGGGUUUCAAAGGCAGACACGUAACGGUGCAUCAUGGUGGUUUGUUUGGUCAUGGAGAAGGACCGGAAGUGAUAUCCCACGUGAGCUGUCGAGGUAUGGAAGAAGAGAUAUGGGCCUGUAACAACCUUACUUACACGGAACGUCCGUGUUCCAGGGGGAAUGAAGUGGGCGUAACAUGUGAUGGGACUCCUUUGCAGUUGGUAGGAGGAGCCGGACCUUGGGAGGGUCGCCUAGAGGUCCAAUAUGGUGGCGCAUGGAGAAGUGUUUGUAAAGACAGCUUUAAUCAACAGAAAGCAAAGAUCAUCUGCAAAAUGAUGGGUUUUCCCGACAGCGAUGUUGUUGCUGACAUCAAACCAGAUAACUUUUACGGAACUGGAUCAAGUCGUCAGAUGAUCAGUAUUCUACAUUGUCGUGAUGAUCUCUCAGACAUUGGCGGGUGUGCCCUGUCUCGGGGAUGUUUAUCCUCAGUCGGUGUUGGCAUCCGAUGUCAUACACAGGAUGUAAGGCUGCGUGGUGGGUCACACCCACUCGAGGGUCGAGUCGAGGUCAAAGUUCAAGGCCAGUAUACAGUUUGUGAUGACGAGUGGGAUGAUAAGGACGCCACAUCAGUUUGUCGAAUGCUGACGGAUUAUCCCAUUGACAAACAAGUAAAUGGGACUGCCUUCGCGAAUGCUUUCUUCGGAAGAGGAACUGGAAGAGUAGCUAUGUCGAAGGUCAAAUGUAAUGGGUCAGAGGUCAGUCUCCUCUCCUGUCCGGCAGACCUGACAGGGGGAGUUAACUGUGAUCACUCUCGGGACGCGGGAGUGUCUUGUUCAGUCAACAACCACGUAGUUUUAACGGGGAGCUCCUCCUCACCAGACACGGGGACUGUAAGUCUUGUGGAGGGUACACAAUGGCACAGUAUAUGUGACCAUUCCUGGAAUACAGAGGGGGCUCGUGUUGUCUGUCGAUCACUAGGUUACUGGAGUUCGUCACCAUCUCUCUAUGUUGACGCAUGGUUUGGACAAGUCAAUGGUACUUCGUUGGAUAUUGAGCCGCUUUGCACUGGGUCUGAGUCCAACAUAGCUUUCUGUAAAUUGAGGAAAGAGUGGGGCAACCAGUCUUGUUCCCAUAGUGAUGAUGCUGGUGUCGGGUGUACACCAACAGCUAUAGGGUAUCACAAUGUGCGGUUAUCUGACGGUGAAAAUUCAGGAAUGGGUCGGUUAGAAGUAUUCUACAAUGGUCAGUGGGGAUCUUUCUGUCAAGACAACUGGAACCAAAACAACACAGAUGUCGUCUGUAAGAUGCUGCACUACAGGUCAGGUGAUUUUUCAUUUUACAACUCAUCACAAGGAACAGGAGCUGUGCUUGUAAACUCACUGGAAUGUUUCGGAAAUGAAUCGGAUAUUGGAUAUUGUAAAGCUGAUUUACAAAAGGAGAAAUGUCUGCGAAAAUCUAUUGGCAUAGAUUGCACGGAUGGAAUAAAGGUUCGGUUCGUCGAACCUGCCCAGAAUUUUUCAGGUAGAGUGCAGGUCUUCAAGGAUGGAGCAUGGGGAGAAAUUUGCUCGUCUGAUCUCUCGGAAGAGGAGGCCCGUGUGUUGUGCAGCAUGAUGGGUUUCAAAAACACUUAUGCUCGUUUACUUUCUGGACCCGCCCAUCCCACCGGUAACCAUGGUGUCGUCAAGGUAAUAGACCUUCAGUGCGAUGGAUGGGAGGAGCAUAUUCAGCAGUGUGCUUAUUUGUCUUCUGGUGGAUGCUCGAACGUUGGAGUACAUGUGCAGUGUUUUGCAUGCACCAAUUCCUACAUCACAGCUCGUGGGAAUUUGUCUUCCACGGGGUAUCCGCAGGGUUACCAGCAGUCCGAUUGUCUCUACGCCAUCACUCCCCCUAACUCCACCCACCAUAUUUAUAAACUGACCAUCAGUGACCUAGAUAUAAAUAAAACUGGAGAUUCCAUACAAAUAACGGAAGGUCCAGGUGGCCCUACGCUUGCCGAGUUUUCUGGCGGACGUAUUGACCGUUUAAUUUUAGCGGGAAAGAAAUUCCUGAUUCGCUUCAGGUCCGAAGCUGGCAGUCAAAGCCAUCGUGGGUUCAGCCUAAAAUGGAGCCCUCUUACUUUGGAGGAUGUCAUAGCAGUCAACUGUGAUACCAAAUCAUGGCGUAUUGUGGUCAACAUGACUUUAUUACGCAUGUUAUACCCUGACUCCGGAGUUUCCCAGAUUUAUCUUUCGAAACAGUCUUGUUAUGGUCACGUGGUCGAUGAUACAAUCGUGUUCGAUCAGUCGUACAACAACUGUUCAACUUCGAAAACGAUUUCAGACCAGUUUGUGACAUAUAAAAAUCAGCUGGUGUACCCAGAAUCCGCCACACCAUUUCCUCUGAUUGUUCAUGGUUACCGUUGGCGAGUUGAUGUCAGCUGUGACCUUGACCGUUACGAACAUGUUACUCAGCAUUACAAGCCAACAGAAGCCCCAGUGACACAAACGACACUGCAUCACGAAGUAGGGGGUACGGGUCACUACGACAUAAAGCUACAAUUCUUCACCGAUCCACAGUACUUCCACGAGAUCAAAGGAAAUCCUAUAGCAGCAAAUAUUGGUGAAAAUAUUUUCGUGAAAGUUUCCCUGAACAAUGACGAUUAUGGAACGAAAAUGCGACUCGACACAUGCAAGACAAUGCCAGAAGCAGUUUCAACACAGCAAAACACAUACGUCAUUAUCAAGAAUGGGUGUUCUGUUGAUCCAAGUACACAGAUCGUUUCUCAAGGAACGCACGAGACGCGUUUCUUAUUCAAUGCGUUCGUCUUCCCGUCCAAUCAGAAUGCAGUGUACAUUUCCUGUAACGCUACAUUUUGUUCCACCAAUGAUUUGUCCUCAAAGUGUUCUCAAACAUGUCAUCAUAAAAGAUCGAAUGGAUUUGAUCAAUCUCAUAAACUAUUUUGAAUAAAAACAAGUUUAAAAAG